UGACAAAACCAUACGUUCUAUGGAGUAACUCCUCAGCAGUGGAGGGCUUGCCAUAUUGGAUGCGCUGUGGUCUGAAAAAUGGUACAGAGCCCAUUACCUACAAAUGGGAGCAGGAGAGCCGGAGUGGACUGGUCACCACACUCGCUGAAACCAACCAAAGCCUGAUCAACAUCAUCAUCAACCGCAACAACACAGGCUGGUACAGGUGUCUGGCCAAGAACGAGGUCAACCAGGAGCGUAGUGACCGCAGUGACUGGUUAGAUGUCUUAUAUGGUCCAGAUUUGCCUCAGGUUGAUGUAACAGCCUACUCUGUAACCGAGCGAGGAUCCUCAGCCCUGGAGAAAGGAAAUGUUUCCUUCAGAUGUCAAGCCUCCUCGAACCCUGCCAGCCAGUACUCAUGGUUAUACAACAAUAUAGAGUUCUACACUGGACCACAGCUCAACAUCACCAACAUCCUGCGAGGGCAAGCAGGAUACUACACCUGUCUGGCCCAGAACACUUUAAUCAACACACAGUCCAAGAGAACCAUCACCCUCACCGUCUACUAUCCACCAGAUGGCACUCCGUCUUGUACCAUCUUCCCAGCAAACAACUACACUGACCUGGCCCUCUUCUGCUCCUGGGGGGGAGGCUACCCUGCAGCUACACUUAAGUGGACUCCGAAUGUGAAUGGAGCAAUCUCACAGGGUCUCAGUAACUUCACUCAGAUCCAGGCAGGUUCUGACACGAUCAACAAUACCAUAUUCACCUGCUACGGGUCACAUGCUGCACUGAACACUGGUCAGAACUGUAGCACCAGGACAUGGCUUCCCUAUGGAGAACCCCAGUGUUCUGCAAAUGCCAGCAGCAACAGUGAGUACCUGAUGCUGUUCUGCUCCUGGGAAGGUGGGUUCCCAAAGGCUCUGCUGUGGUGGGUUUCCAGCUCAGGUGAUGUGCAGGGACCAUCUGAGGAGAACUCUAAUACCCUGCUCCUGCGAUCCAGCGCCACCUACAGUGGCAAAUCCUUUGUUUGUCAUGCCAAACAUCCUCUAAAUAAAGAAAGCAAGAAGUGUGUGUUAAAACUGGAGCCUCCAGUGUUGAUAACUGAGAGCAGUGUGGUUUCAGUAUUUGAUGGUAACGAAGCCCAGCUCACCUGUGGUCUGAGUAAAACUUACCCCCCAGCUACAGAGAUCACCUGGUACAACAAGAUAAGGCAGAAUGUGGGGGAUGCUUCGAAAAAAUACAUCGUUCAGAGAGCUGCGGCCUGGUCCAACCUGACCGUGCGGGACACAGACAUUAUUGCAGACAGUGGAAACUACUGGUGUUCUGCUACCAAUGCUGUAGGAAGAACAGAGAUGCCUGUACUGCUGCUGGUGAUACGGUCCCCAAUGCCUCCAAAUGUGACCAUCAGUAAGAUCAUAUACAGCAGCCGUCAGCGCACAGACAUUAACAUGGAAUGGACGAUCUGGCCGGACAGUGUCUUCACUGGCUUCAUCAUUGAGAGUCAGAAGCUCCCAGGUCCUCUAGAAAGAAGUGAUAUUGUGCCCCCCUGGCAGAAAGUGGCUGUAGAUCUCGGGCCCAGCACUCGCAGCUACCAGAUCAACAAUCUGGAUCCUGCUGGAACCUAUGCUUUCCGUGUAACAGCUGUUAAUCGCCGCACUACUGGAAAUCCCUCAGACAUUAAGAACCCAGUGGCCUUGCCAGUCUCCAAACCCUACGUUGUGCUGAGUGAUCCCUCACCAGUUGAAGGCACAUCAGUGUGGAUGCUCUGCAAUCUUGACACUGGUACAGAUCCCAUUACCUUCACAUGGGAGCAGGAGAGCCGCAGUGGGCUGAUCAGCACACUGGAUGAGUUCAGCAGCAGUAUGAUCAAUAUCAACUCUGUUACACGCAAUCAGACUGGCUGGUACAGGUGCCUGGCCAGGAAUGAGGUCAGCCAGCAGCGCAGUGAUCGUAUCUGGCUUGGUGUUAUAUUUGGACCAGAGCAGCCUCAGAUUGAUGCCACAGCUUACUCAGUAACAGAUGAAGGGUACUCAGCCCUGGAGAAAGGAAGUGUUUCCUUCACCUGUCAAGCCUCUUCUAACCCUCCCAGCCAAUAUGUUUGGUUCUACAACUACACAGAGAUCUACAGUGGACCACAGCUCAGCAUCAGCAAGGUUCUGCGUACGAAUGCAGGGUACUACGCCUGUCUGGCCCAAAACACAUACCUCAACACUCGCUCCAAGAAAACCAUCACCCUCAGUGUCUACUAUCCACCAGAUGGUGCUCCCACUUGUUCCAUCUCCCCAGCAAACAACUAUACUGACCUGGCUCUCUACUGUUCCUGGAAGGGAGGUUUCCCUGCAGCUACACUUAAAUGGAGCCCAAAUGUGAAUGGAGAAAUCAGGGAGGGAACCGGUAACGUCACUGUUAUCCAGCGAGGCCCCGACACUGUUAACAACUCUGUGUUCUCCUGCCUCGGGUCACAUGCUGCAUUAAAUACUCCUCAGAGCUGCAGCACCAAGACAUGGCUGCCCUAUGGAGAACCCAAGUGUUCAGUAUAUGUGACUCGUAAUAAUGAGUACCUGAUGCUCUCCUGCUCCUGGGAGGGUGGGUUUCCUCUGGCUCUGCUCUGGUGGGCCUCAGGUUCAGAAGACAUGCAGGGCACAUCUGAGGAGAACUCCAACAUCCUGAUCCUGCGCUCUGGUGCCACGAACAGUGGCAAAGCGUUUGUGUGCCAUGCCAAACAUCCACUAAUUAAAGAAAGCAAGCAGUGUGUUUUAAAACUGGAGGCUCCAGUCUUGAUGACGCAGCGCAGUGUGGUCUCUGUCUAUGAGGGUAAUGAUGUCCAGCUCACCUGCAUUCUGAGCAAGAACUAUCCAGCAGCUACUGACGUCACCUGGUACAAUAACUUAAAGCAGAAUGUUGGGGAUACACCCAAUAAAUACAUCCUUCAGCAAGCUGCGGCCUGGUUUAACCUGACGGUGCGAGAAACAGACAGCAGGAUAGACAGUGGACAGUACUGGUGUUCUGCUGCCAAUGCUGUCGGAGGAGCAGAGAUCCCCAUUCUUUUGAUGGUGAUGAGGUAUCCAAUGCCUCCAAACAUCACCAUCACUAAGAUCAUGUAUAACAGCCAGCAGCGCACAGAUGUCACUGUGGAUUGGCUCCUGCAGACAGUCGGGGACCUCACCGAGUUCUUCAUCGAGCAGCAGAAGCUGCCUGGUUCUGUAGGAAAGAGUGAAAUUGUUUCUUCCUGGCAGAAAGUGGCAGAAAAUCUGGAGCCCGGCACUCGCAGCCACCAGAUCAACAACCUGGAACCUACUGGAAAAUAUGCAUUUCGUGUGACGGCUGUUAAUCAUCGAACCACUGGACAUCCUUCACAGAUCAAGAGUCCAGCUCUUCCACGUUUUAAUGCCUAUCCUGCUGUGGUUGGAGCAGCUAUUGGAGGAAUGCUCGUGGCGACAGUAGUUACUGUGUUAAUCUUUAUUUAUGUGUUAAGGAAUCGCAACAACAUCCCACGCUUCCAUGACAUGGUAUUUGGCAGGCAGCACAGCCAGUCCAGAGAAAAUAUCAACUUUCCUGAAGACGAGGUUGUUGGUGCAGCAGAAAGAGAUGCUGGCCAAAGAGAGACAAGUCAAGGAACAUCAUCGGGAACAUCUGGGGCACCUCCAGGACCCACUGCAAUACCCACAAACCAGACCAAGAGCUGAAUCAGCCAAACUCACCAUCCCUUCAACCCAAAUGGCCAUUCUUUCAAGCUGGCAAUCCAGAAUCCAAAGUACCACAUCAAUCAUCUACUUCAUCUGAACUAACAUAAAACAACACACAGAGAAUAAAGCAGCAUUUGGGUCUGGUUCUCUCAAGAAUAUAACUAGAUUCAGUCAUUUAUUUUUAGAGUGUAUUUCAUACCUCAUCCAUUAAAUAACACAAGUCUUGUCACCA